AUGUUUGUUCGAUCGCAGGGAAGUCGGUGGCUCCGACAAAAACGAUCCAUUUCCAUUAAUGCUGAGCUCUCAUUAAAGCUUCAAGCUGCUCCUUUUCAUCCAGUUAUUGUGAUCGGUGGUGGCCAUGCUGGAUGUGAGGCAGCUACUGGAUCAGCUAGAUCUGGAACUAAGACUACACUCAUUACUCCUCAUAUUGAUAAAAUUGGAACAGCCUCUUGCAACCCAUCUAUGGGAGGUGUGGGAAAAGGCACGCUAUUGAGAGAGGUCGAUGCUUUGGAUGGUGUGGCCCCUAAGGUUACUGACAAGGCAGGAAUUCACUUCAAGAUAUUGAACGCCUCGAAAGGAGCUGCCGUGCAAGGCCCUCGAGCACAGAUUGAUAGGGCAAUCUACUUGAAAGAAAUGCAGAAGGUAAUUCUCAACUAUCCAUGUUUAGAUGUUUUGGAGGCACUGGUGGAAGAUAUCAUUAUUGCUCCCACAAAUGCCCCAAAAGACUUUGAAGAUAGAAAUUAUGGAGUAGUAAAAGGUGUGAUUUUGGGAGAUGGUUCGGUGCUUCUGUGUGACAAGGUAGUCAUAACAACAGGAACGUUUUUGGGAGGAGAAAUUCACAUUGGAUUGACUGCUUAUCCUUCUGGAAGAAUUGGAGAGCAGGCAACAUUUGGUCUUUCUAAAACGCUCAAUGACGCAGGUUUCCGACUUGGGAGGCUUAAAACAGGUACUCCGCCACGUCUUCUGGCCAAGACGAUCGAUUACAGAAGGUUGCAGCCCCAACCCUCUGAUUAUCCUCCUCAGCCCAUGUCUUACAUGAAUGAGAAUGUGAGCUUACAAGAACAAUUGGUUGAAUGUCACCAGACUAAUACAACAGCUGAAUUCCAUGACAUGAUCAGCGCAAAUCUCGACAAGUCGAUUCACAUAAGAGAAACCGUCAAAGGCCCACGUUACUGUCCUUCUAUUGAGUCUAAAGUGAUAAAAUUCCCUCACAAAACCUCACAUGUUGUGUGGUUGGAGCCUGAAGGCUUGGACACAGACUAUGUUUAUCCAAACGGUAUUUCGUGUACCAUGCCUGAAGAGAUUCAGUAUCAGCUUGUGAGAAUGAUGCCUGGUUGCGAGAAUGUCACCAUGUUGCAACCAGGAUAUGGAGUGGAAUAUGAUUACGUUGAUCCUCGCGAGUUGAAGCGUACGCUUGAAACCAAGCUUGUUGAUGGGUUGUAUUUGGCUGGACAGAUCAAUGGAACUACUGGGUAUGAAGAGGCUGCUGCCCAAGGAUGUAUUGCUGGAAUUAAUGCUGGACUUGCACACUUGAAGAAACCAGCAUUCGAGUUCCAGCGGUCUGACGGUUACACUGGUGUUCUCAUCGAUGAUUUGAUCACCAAGGGAGUCGAGGAACCUUACAGAAUGUUCACUUCGAGAUCAGAGUUCCGCUUUUCCAUCAGGUCUGACAAUGCAGACAAGAGAUUGACCGCUAGAGGAUAUGAGUUAGGUGUUGUUGGAGAAGAGAGAUAUCAACAUUUUCUUAGCGAACUCAACCAGUUCAAUGCCAUCAAGGAACAUUUGAAGUCGAUUUCUAUGUCCGGUGCAAGAUGGGCUCCAACCUUAAAAGGUAGUCACCAGGUGAACAAGACGACUGUUGUAGACGGCUGGAAGUUGCUCUCUUACAAGGACAUGUACUUGCGAGACAUAGUUCCUCACUUGGAAAAAAUUACUGGUGAACCACUUCCUGCCGUGUAUUCAGAAAUGUCCCGGUGGCUUCAAGAACGUGUGGAUGUCGAGACCACUUACGAGCCUUGGCUCAAAAAGGAAGAAGCACAUUUGAGAGCCUUCGAAGCAGACGAAAGCUUGUUAUUGCCUACCAACUACACUUACUCUAACGAGGGCAAAGUUAAAAUAUCUUAUGAGGUGUGCCACCUUCUCAACACAAUUCAGCCGAAGACAAUUGGUCAGGCUAGAAGAAUUCAAGGAGUGACACCAGCAGCAAUUUUCGAAUUGUUCAAAUUGGUCAAGGACAAACAAGUUCAGAUUGCUUCUGAACAGGCUUCAAUUUAA